AUAUCGAUUAUUCACGCCUGUUGGCUGAUUUGUAUUGAGCUAGUCUCGUUUGAACGCUUUUUCCUGAUCACGAACAGCACGAUUAAACUCUGCAUCUGUCCAGAAGGUGCAGUAGAGAGUGCCAUGCAGGAAGGAGAGGAGAGGAAGUGAGGCGAUGGGCUGCACCUCAGCCAAGCAGUUGUCAUCUGUACCCAGUGAUGAAGAGGGCCGGGGUAAGGCCUACAGCAACGGAGAUGCCUUCUCCGAUGAGUACAAGCUGAAAGGAGUUGAGAAGGUGAAGUACAUGCAUGGAGAAGAGGAGCACACGAAUACCAGAAACCAAGAGAACUUGGAAAAGAGCACACUUUUGCACAAGGGCCGGCAUAAAGAUGCCACCGGAAAUGGUAAUAAGAUAAGUAUCCACUCUUCAGAGAGCCAGCAGGAGUUCUUCAGGAUGCUGGAUGAGAAGAUUGAAAAGGGACGGGACUACUGCUCGGAGGACGAGGAUAUGACAUAGCAUGCUGGGAAUUUUGACUCCGACCAACAGCGAGUCAAUCCGGUCCCAUAAUUCCUUUCAGCUCAUUUCCAUGCCUCCUUACCCAGCGAGUGCUAAUUUUCAAGUGACUCUCUGCCCUGUCAUUCGCUCUGUUUACAGUCCACACAACCUCCCGAAUAUCUUCCAGGUCAGUAUUGGAGACUCUUGAGGACUAGCGUUUAAUUGGUAAGAGGGCACGGAAAGGGACUGGGAUUUGGCCCAAGUGUUAAAUAGGAAAGCCAUUUUCUGACUGUUCCUCAAUCCCUUGCCUUACACUACCCAUAAGCCUUCUCCUACUCAUAGACUACAUUUAGUGGAGAGAGCCAUGCCGAGAAUCCUGGACUUCGCCCUUCCUUUGACAUGGUGAACCAGCAGUGGAGAUGUCGUUUCCUAUUAAGAGACUUCCGAUUCUGUUCUUGCUUCCGAGACAUAAGAAGUGAAAGCAUUUGGACAGAAACGCAAGGCCAUUUCUAGCAUUCCAAUUGUUUGUUUGUUUUUGGUUUUUAACUAUGUGAGUAAGUAUUUUUCACCCACAGUGUAUUAUAUAUCUAUGUCUUUUUGACCUUCUUGGUUGAGUUAUGUUACAACGCUCAGGACAGCAGUGCUGUAUGUAUCCUCACGAAAUUUUUGGAUGAGUACAGUUUCUUCAGGGCCGGUCUUGAGGAUGUGUUGGGUAGUGGAGAUAGAGAUCACAAUAUCUAGCCAUAUUUAGACGCCACUUCCAGUAUCUUAAGGUCAUGUAGUUCUCAGAUACUCCUUUGUGUUCUAUAUAACAGGUGGAUAUCAUACGUUCACUUGACAUUUAUGUUCACUUUUUAUGUUGAUAAGCAGUACAAGUAUCAAAACCAGCCUUUGGAAAGUUUUACAUAGACAAGUUUUAUUACCAGGAAGUGCUUCUUCCUUUUACAGUAUGACAGUUACUUGCCAUAGCCUUAAGCACAGUGCUUUUUGUUUUAAUUGUUUUAUUUUAAAAAUAAGACAACAGUAAGUCAUUCAUUUCUGUAUUUUUCACGCUGAGGUGAAUAAUAUCCCAUGCGUACCCGUGAGUUGUCUAUGUACACAGUUGGGCCAAACAAUAUUGCCAAAAAUUAUUGCUGAGUGAAAGAAUAAAUAAAUAUACAUUGACCAACUAUG